AUGUAUGUCGCAUCCCCAACCAACCGUGGUCCGGUAUUUCCCACUGAAACUGUGGAUGAGAAUAUAAUGAAGGAAGUCAAAGAUCUCACCGCACCCGGCCACUAUAAACUCAUUGCUCAUCAUGCCCCACAUGUGCGUUCGUGGAGAUAUCGUGAUCGAUCAAGAAAACGACUCACACGAAGACUUCAGGCGGUUGUAAACGAUGGUGAAGAGGAAGACAGUGAUGAUGAGAGUUGUUGUAGGUUUAGUCGUUUUUGUUGUUGGUGUUGUCCAUCCUUACGAUCAGGAGAUAGAAGAGACGGUAGUAAUAAUAAUAAUAAUAAUAAUAAUAAUAAUAAUAAUAAUAAUAAUAAUAAUAAUAAUAAUAAUAAUAAUAAUAUUCAUCAUAGGAAGGAACUUGGAUUUGCAACCACAUCAGGAGCCAAACGAUUUUUUCAAAGUAUUGUAUGGGAAAGACCACGAUUGGCAAUGUGUGUUUGGGCAUUUCUGUUUAUAUGUGAAACGGCAAUGGUUGUAUUGUAUGUUUUGCAAACCACACAUGUAUCUGAUGUAACGUGGAUUCGUUAUAGUGAAAGAGAGUUUUCAUGGUUUGAUUAUGUGCAAACGAUUCUUUCAAUCGUAUUACUAUCUCAACUCUUUUUUGCAUAUUCUGUUUCUAUCUAUACAAUUCUGAUUGUGCUCUUAACAUCUGGUUAUCAAAUAGUAACUUUUGUUAUUGCAUUCUUUGGUGAUUUGCGAUGGUUGAGUCGAAUAUAUGUUCCUUUAUUUUUACGUUGUUGGCCUAUGCGACAGUAUUUUCUUUUUCUCUUAGAUGCUGUUGCCAUGUUGAGACCACGAAAUCAUAAAUUGGAUGUGAUUCGUUUAGCUGCAGGUCCACUUACCUAUUUUCUUGCUAUUUUCUUUACAACCGGCUGUAUAUUUCAUAUUCAUCAAUUAAUGCGUGGUGUAGAUAUAAAUAUUGGUGUCGCCAUGUAUUUUCUUAUGGUAACUGUAUCCACCGUUGGAUUUGGAGAUGUUGUUCCAUUUGGUCCUGAUGGUCGGGCUAUUUGUAUUGUGAUUAUCUUUUUCUUUAUGGCUCAAAUGCCUUCAUGGAUUAUGUUAGUCCAUUCCACUAUUAAACUAUUAAAAAAAUUCCCUAGCUAUACUGGUAGAAGACGUCAUAUUAUAGUAUAUGGACAUGUGAAAUAUGAAGAGGCAGUGGCUCUUCUGGAAGAAGUUUUUGUACUUUAUCCAAUGAAAUCGGUUUGUUUUUGUAAUAGUGUACAUACCCGAGAUGUAAAGGCAAUUGGAAGACAUCCACGAUAUAGAUUACGAUGUAAAUUUUUAGAAGUACGUGUAUUAGAUGAACGAACCUUAUUACGAUUACGUGUACGUGAAGCUGCAUCUAUUAUUAUAUUUCCCUCAUCUGGUGAAUCCACCACAACUAGAGAUGAUGAUGUGAUGUUAUCAUCUAUUGUUUUUCAAAGACAUGCCCCACAAGUUCAACAAUUUCUACGUUUACGAUUUGGUCUUCAUGUAAAGUUAUUACGAGAACGUAAUAAAACUGUAAUUGAUCAACAAAUGAAAACUAUUAUGGCUACAGCUCUUUUACUUCCAGGAGUUGUUCCUUUUCUAGUGAAUCUUGUUAAUACAUCUUCCUCCCAAGGGACCUCAUCUCCAAAUCUAUGGACAGAAGAGGAACAAGAUAAUUGGAAAGAAUUAUAUGAAUAUAGUAGACGAAAUAUAUUUGGAACUCAUCCUGUUCCCUGGUAUUUUGUCCAUCUUCCACUUUUACGAGUCAUUCGACUUAUGAAAAUGUAUAAUGUAUUGAUUGUAGGUGUGGAAGAGGCUUCUCGUCGACUCAUGCGAUUUGAUUUAGACUAUUUACUAGAACCAGAAGAUACUUUACUCUUCAUAUAUGAAAAAGGAUCAAAAAGUGUUGAACGGGCUUUUACCGCAUUACAACCGCAUGAUAAUGGAGGAGGUGUUAUUCAUGUUUUACCAGGAGAAGCCGCCGGUAUUCGAUCUUCACAAGGAUCUGUACAUACUUAUAUGACCCCAGGUGUUUCUCAACCAGAUUUAUUUGAAUUUGAUUCCGUUUCUGUUGAUUCUUCAGGAAAUGAUGAGAGAAUAUUUUAUCCGUUUAAUACAAGUUUUGAUUUACGAGAUGUACAAAGAGAAGGGAUAACAUCUAAUGAACCUCUGGCUAAAUCACAUUCAGGUAAAAUAAAGGCGGAAAAAAAUAAGAAAAAACAUUCCACACAAUACUUGGAUCAUGGUAAAGAAUUAAGAGAAAAACUUUUACGUCAACCAUUUGUAAAUAAAUGUCCUUGUGGAGUUCCAUUAAGUGAACUUCCAUUAGGUGGAUCACUUUCCGUAUUACGUGAACUACUACGAUGUUAUAAUAAUAAAGUAACAGAGAAUAAUACUGGAGAUGAAUCUAUUGGACGAUUGGAACAACAAAUAAAUGAUAUUCUUACCCAUGUAGCUCAUGAAUAUUUACAUGGAUUUGAAUUUUCAGAAACCCCAGAGUAUUUCCUAUAUAUAGAUCAAGUUGCCGCUUUUAAAAAACCACAAUUGCAAUCACUUUAUGAUACGUAUCUUAAUAAAUCGGUUUCACAAUUUGAGUUAGUACAAAUGAUGCGUUGUAUAUUAGCCAUUCAUGAUAAUUCCCGCCUAACGACUAUUACUACUAAAGGAUUAAGUUAUGAUUUUCUUGAAUGGUGGAAUAGAGCCUUUAAUCAUCCUUUACAGUAUAUUCGUGGGUUAAGUACAUUAGAAUCUCAUUUAGAUUAUGCCCUUUCACAAAGUGGAGAUAUUAGCAGACUUCGAGGUAUAUUAUUAUGUUGUUCUCAACUAGGUACAUGGGACUUUGAAGAUGUUCCGUUAAUAACUGUAGAGAAUAACAUUCGUGAUCUUCUUCAAUGGGCUUCGAUGCGUCAACAAACCAAUAAUAAUAAUAAUAAUAAUAAUACUAAUAGUAAUAGUGAUGGUGAAUCUAAAGAACUUCCAAUAUCUACAGAACAAAAUAUCGUGGUGGAAUUACAAUCCUUUAAGUCUUGUGUGUUUGUCACUCCUCAUCACACAGAUGAAGAGUGGCGUCGUCGUGGAGAAGAACAAUUUCAAUAUUCAUUAGCCUUCAUGAUGGGCCGUUGUUUCUCUACUAAUAUGUUGCACACGAUCUUUAUUCAUGCCCAACGGGAUCAUCGCAUUAUGCAAUUCUUUGAAAUGAUUCUCUGUCUUCGUGCACAGACGGAUCUCUUUGAUGUAAAUGCCUGGUGUAAUUCCCGUCAAACCUUCCCAACACUCUUUCAGGUGUGUGGAAAUCAACUCCUGCACUUUCAGAAGUUUGGCGAUGCCUUUUCGUUUCUCCUCACACGGCGGUCGUGGGUGACGAUUGGGGUAUUCCGGCAGUUCCCCCAAUCAGAGGGACUGCAGGGGACUCCGCGGUAUUUCAUUGCGAAUCCCUCGCUGGAGAUGCCGCUGCGGCCGGACGAUGUGAUGUACGCACUCUUGGCAACUGGGGCAGCCAAUAAUGUUGGGAAUCAGUAA